UUCGCUCCCAGCAGCCUUGUCCGAGCUUGACAGGGAGUCUGCGAGUAGGAAGGAGAUGAGUUACUUACCCUGACAUUGUAAGCUGACGGCGGACGAAGUGACAACAUGGCUGAUGAGCCGCCUUCUAGUCUCCAGACGGGGGAAAAGUGGGCUGGAUACACAACACCACUUACUACUGGAAGUCGUGUUGAAAAGGCCACAGUAAAACCAGGCAAUCAGGCCAAGGAGGAGGCCUACGCAAAAAUGGUGUCGAAAAAACUGGCGUGGCAGCGACAAAAGCAGCAUUUUCAGGCGAGUUUGCAACAAAAGCUUCUCCCAGCUGAGAGAUAUGAGGCCGCCGAUGAGAUCCUAACGAGGAAGUAUGAGGAGCGACGACUGGCAUUGGAACCAAGAGGUGUCUCGAUGGGUAGUACUAGAAAACUUUGGAAGACUGGACUGGAAGGAGAGUCAAUGGAUCCGUUUGACAUCUACACUCGAAAGAACCUAACAAUACGUCAUCAUAUAGCACAGGGCAGAUGGAAGAAUGAAGGAACAUUUUUAACGAAAAAUGAGACUGAGCCACGCAUCAACAUGUACCCGACAGCUAAGGAUUUCCCACUAGAAGAGAGCCAAGAAGCCUGGAUACAGUGGGUGAACGACGCCUUUCCUAAUCUUCAUGGCACCAAUUUCUGGCUUCCUGUCUGUGCAAAGGACUUUGCUUCGUUGUAUUGUAGCGAGAAACAGUCAACACUGGACACUUCCCAGCAACAUGCUCCUUGGUACAACUCGGUCAAAAACGACUCAGCCUUACAGCGGGUGUUGCUCUGUCUGAAGGAAAGAUCAGAAGCAAAGGACGAGGUGAUGUUUGUACUCAGUCAGAUGUACUUCGGACAAAAGUCUGGCGAGCCUUGUUACUCAGCAGCAGCUGACUAUUUACCUCCAUCCCACAGUGUCCCUCCUGCUCCACUAAGGAACUGGGAGGAAGGCGACUUUGACCUGCUCAUCAUUCACCGUCGUUACGGUCUUGUCGUCUGUGAGGUGAAGGCCUUUGGCGAUAACUCAUCUAAGAGUGGCAUGUCACAACAAGAUGUAGACAGCAAGAUACGAAGUAAACUCAAAGAGGCCAUAUUACAGGUGGACAGGGCGGAGGCCGUGUUGUCACACCUGGUGUCAGACAUCGUCCCAGGCCUGCGCAUCACAAAGACAAUUGCUUUCCCGAACCUUACAGCUCGUCAGAUACAACAGGCACUUGCUGAGGAUCCGAUACUGACUGAGGCUCUGUGUCGGUGUCUGGGAGCAACAGAUGUUACGGUCGUCACUGACCUUUGUCUCACCUCUGAUCAGCUUUCUGUCUCUGGUACCCCGGGUAUUGUCAGCACAGACUUUGGUAACUGGUGGCUGCGAUGUGUGGUUGGGUCUGGAUCUGCAACUGAAAUCAGUUUUGCUGAUUACCAGAGACUGUUGGCCAGAUUCUGCGGUCCGGCGGUAACAGUGACAGUUCCAUGCCUGUCUCCCCCACGCCUGUCACUCAAAACCUUGGAGCAACUUUCGUCGUCCACGAGCCUGUGUCAUGCUGUUAUUACAUUGUUCCCGGAGCAAGUUCAUCUGUUGAACACAGCGACUCCCAGGGUCUUUCUGGCUGGACCUCCUGGUACAGGUAAAAGUCUGGUGCUGCAGCUAAAGGCUACAGAAUGGCUGCGAUGUGGAUGUGACGUCAUUGUGGUCAGACCCCGGAGAUGGGCUCAUGCAGCGAGCUUGAUCACUUAUUACCUGCUGGAACAGACCAUAGAAACACAACUGGCACCCACUGGGCAAUCAGGCCAGCUUCAUCUUUUAGAAUGUGACUUCUAUAAUAGUGGUGAUAUCGAGGAAGCUUUGACUGACUUGCUACGAGCGGCGAAGGGACGACCGCUGUAUGUCAUCGUAGAUGCACUAGUCUCGCCUUUUGUCAGGAACGAAUGGUACAACAUCAGACACUUCGUUCACAAGUUGUUGACAAGAGUUCCGGAUCUCCAUUGUUGGGCUGCAGGUUAUGACCUCGAGUUUUCACCGUCCAGCUGGCAAGUGCAGCAUUUUACCAGACCCAUCCGAUUUCCAAAGUCUGUGGAGAUGGAAUUAGCAGAUUUUCGUCCAGGUAUUUUCAAGCCAUACAGUCAACGUGGGCAGCACGAUACUACUCAUGGCCCUCCAGUCCAGUGGUUCCUUCUCCCAAAACAUGAUCAAAGAAAAUUUAUCGACGGCUGUGAUAUGUGCGGUGAGCUUGUGGUCAGGUUCCUAAAGUGUCUCCUUGCUGGUGCUUCAGCAGAAAACACCACUACAUCAUUGACAUCUAUCACAUCCACCAAAAGGGAUACUACAUCUCCGAGCCUGCCAUACAGAGACGUGCUGAUAGUGAAAGGCAGAUACGACCACAUUAAUCUGGAGAAGGCACUGGAAAAUGCGGGUGUUCCAGUGCAGGACAUGACAGAUUAUAUCACUGAGGACAUGGUCACAUCCAAUAGAGACGAGGUGUGGAUGGUGUCCACAGAUGAACUUCACGGUCUUGAAAGAAAAGUAGUAGUCGUCGUUGGAGAGACUGAACAUGCUGCAUUUCAUUGCACGUCACAACUGGUGUUCAUCUCCCAAACAGGUCUACCUGAACCGUGGCCCAUUGUGGAAGGAAGAAGGAACAAUUAUACAGACUGGAAAUACGCAGAAAGACAUUUUGUACCGGAGAAGAAGCCUGUGUCGCACAUAAACAUUUACCAGACAGCAAAGGAAUUCAAAUUUGAAGAGAGCCGAGAUUUAUGGAUACAGUGGGUUAAAGAGUCUUUUCCUGAUCUUCUUCAUAGCACUUAUUUUUGGCGUCCUGCGGGUGCAGAUCUCGUGCACAACAUUCAGGACUUUGGUUUGACCUAUUGGAGAGAGGAACAGUAUGCAUCCCGAUCUUCCCAGCAAUGUCCUCCUCAGGACAAUAACUCAGCCUUACAGCGGGUGCUGUUCUGUCUGGAGGAAAUAUCAGAAGCAAAGGACGAGGUGAUGUUUGUGCUGAGUCAGCUGUGCUUUGGACAAAACUCCGGCCAACCUUGUUACUCAGCAGCAGCUGACUAUUUACCUCCACCCGACAGUGUCCCUCCUGCUCCACCAAGGAACUGGGAAGAAGGCGACUCUGACCUGCUCAUCAUUCACCGAACCUACGGUCUUGUCGUCUGCGAGGUGAAGGCUUUUGGCGAUAACUCAUCUAAGAGUGGCAUGUCACAACAAGAUGUAGACAGCAAGAUACGAAGUAAACUCAAAGAGGCCAUAUUACAGGUGGACAUGGCGGAGGCCGUGUUGUCACACCUGGUGUCAGACAUCGUCCCAGGCCUGCGCAUCACAAAGACAAUUGCUUUCCCCAACCUUACAGGUCAUCAGGUACAACAGGCACUUGCUGAGGAUCCGAUACUGACUAAGGAUCUGUGUCGAUGUCUGGAAGCAGCUGACCUCGUCAGUGUCGUUGGUCUUUGUCUCUGCUCUGAGCAGUUGUAUCUGUCCGGUGCACUGCAGGAUGUCUCUACAGAACUUUGGGAAUGGUGGUUGCGAUGUGUGGUUAGGUCUCGAUCUGAGACCGCAAUGACUUCUGAUGGGUACGAGACGCUGGUGGCCAGGUUCUGCGGUUCCACGGUAACGGUGACCAUUCCACGCCUGUGCCUUAAAAUCUUGAAUCAACCUUCGCCCUUCACGACACAGUGUUCUUAUGCUGUUAUUACAUUGUUUCCGGAGCAAGUUCACCUGCUGACCAUGACAUCUCCAAGGGUCAUGCUGGCUGGACUGCCUGGUACAGGUAAAAGCAUAGUGUUGCAGCUAAAGGCCACAGAAUGGCUGAGAUGUGGAAGCGAUGUCUUCUUGGUCUGCACCUCGGACAGCUGUGCAGCGUGCUACAGGAUGUACUACCUGCUGCAGCAGACUAUAGAGACACAACUGGCGCCCUCUGGGACAUCUGGACAGCUCCACCUUAGGGAGUAUAGGUUUAGAACAGAUAGUGAUGUCUACAAUGCUGUGAGGGACUUAUCGCAAGCGGCGACUGGAGGAGUGCUGCACGUCAUCGCCGAUGAAAUGGACUCUUCAGUCAGUUACCGCGCACAAAUAUUCUGGGACAAGUUACUGACACAAGUUCCACAUCUGUAUUUCUGGGCGGCAAGCAAUUAUCUCGAGAUUGCACCGUCCCGCUGGCAAGUUCAAUAUUUAACCAUACCCAUCCGCUUUUCGGAGACUUACAGCCUUCGUGGGGAGUAUGAGAGUCCACGUGGCCCACCAGUCCAGCGAUUCCCUCUCCCAAGACACAAAGGCAGUCACAGAAGCACGCGACGUAUCAACCGUUGUGUUACGUGCGGUGAGCACGUGGCAAAGAUCCUAAUGGACGUUCUUGCUGAUGUUCCAGGAAAUAUUACCACCACAUCUACUGCUAUUGCUCCCACCAGAAGCGACACAACAUCUGUGCGCCUGCAGUACAGAGACGUGCUAGUACUGCCCAGUAUUCAUGUCAGGUACUUCAUGGACCUGGAGACAGGACUGAGAAAGGCGGGUAUCCCUGUCCGGUGCAUGAGAAGGGAUAACCUCGAGGACAUCGUCACGGCGCGUGAAGACGAGGUGGUAGUUGCAGAUGAAGAUGAUGCUCGUGGUCUUGAAAGAAAAGUAGUUGUCGCUAUCGUUGAUGAGCUUGAAGAUGUAGGACUUCUUACCAUAUCCCGGUGCAGGUCGCAGCUGGUGUUUAUCACCUACAGAGAAUACUACGGGGACUGCGACUUAGCUUCUGAGGAUGAAAGCCAACAAGAUCAAAAGGAAGAUAUUAGAACUGACAAAUCUGUGACUAAAUGCCAUGUCACAGAAUCAGAAGAUAUCGAAAUACUAACGUCCUCCACCUUGGACACUGAUCCUCAGUGUUCUUCUGUUCCGCAUCCAACCAUACCUGAUCUCAGUGAAGCAUCUCUACCACCAAACGUGAAGCCUGACCGGUCUCCUGAUGAGUGCAGAUCAGGAGACACUACUGAGAACAGCGAUGACAUCAGCCCGUCACCAGGUAUCUCCCCCGCUGACGGACAAAAUGCUGAAACAAAAUCUGAUCAAAAUUCAGAUGAAGGUUGUGGUGUGGAAUCUGACACGAAUGUCGAGGAGACGCAGGAGAAAGAGAGAAGAAAAUGCGAAGCAUCAGCUCCAUGCAGUAAGAAAGGGGCAGAGGAUACAGAAAUACAAAAGGACACAAACUCUAAGUGUUAUUCAUUUCCUUUUAAGAUCAACCUUGAUCUCAGAGAAGCAGCAGCUGUGACACCUCCACAGCACAUCAUGGAGUCCGGCUGUCCUCGCGACGACAGAACAGACGAGGUUUCCGACACAAGCGAUGACACUUUCUCCAGUCCGAUCUUCAGCGAUCACUGGCAAGUUCGGGGCUGCUUCUCUGCUGCAGGAGGCAGACUGCAGAAACAAGGAUCUGAUGUAGUUCUCCAGGUACCAGCAGGUGCUAUAGAGGACAACACAAAGGUCACAGUUCAUGCUGCCGUUUGUGCUAAUGACGUGUACAUCAAGCACAAACUACAGCUGCCCUCCACGGAAACCAUCGUCAGCCCACUGGCCGAGUUCAAGGCAGGUCAUGACUUCUGCUUCCAAAACCAUAUUCAGAUCACCCUGCCUACCUGCCUGUCUUCAGACUAUGACGUCAACCUUUUGCAUGUUUACUGCAUAACACACGGAGGACAAGAAGAAGAAAUAAAUAUUAGCAAAAUACAAAGACUGCAAGACAUGACAGAGGCACCUGACAAAGAGGCAUUAGAAGUCUAUUUUUAUGUAAAUGAAGAAAGACAGGUAGAAGUGAUGACGUCACAUUUCAGUGGCUACGUGUGCACAUACUGUGGUCUGUGUCAGAACAUCGGCCUGGAGGUGUAUGCAUCUCCCACGUAUGACGAUGAGUCUGUGCAAGUGUCCGUCAUAGCACAGCUCUGGGACAAGAUACAUAUUCAGACUUUCGACAGUGGAAGCCGGAUGACAAUUGUUACAAAGAGUCUUAAGUACAACAUUUCAACUCAAAACGAUGUUGAUACCAGCUGAACUGCAAGUGGACCUUAUUAUCGACAAUGAACAGACGACUACGUGGCAGUUUAACCAGAAACUCGCAGCAACAAACACAUUCUGUCUCAACUGGGGCAAAGUAACAUGUGACAACUCCAAAGAACACCAGGCAGUGAAAUACACAGACCUGGGUCCUUUCAGUCCUGGCUGGAUGCUGAAAUGUAAAUCAAAUGAAAAUAAAGGGAUGCCUUCAACUCUAGUCGCAUGCAUUCGUGUUUCACACUUUAAAACGCAGGAGAGUAUAGAACCAUUGUGGAACAGUGCACCAUAUCAAGUGGAUCUCCAGCAGCGCAAUGGAAAGGAAAACUCUAUUUCUAAUGGUACCAAUUGCAGUUUUCCUGCCGUCAGCAUUAACAAUGUCCACGGUGAUGUAACUUUUACUCAGCAGCUUAUCACACAAAAGACAGGAAAUGUUCUUCAAAUAACAGAGAAUAUCCAAUCAACAGGGCAAUCAAUGUUAAAAGAAUAUUAAAAGAGUUUCUUAAAAGAUACAGUGUUACAAUCAACUGUAUAAAAGCAUGCCCGUAUCAUUAGUGUAAAGGAGGCCUUGAGGUGUACAGUAAGAAGACAACCACAAGCGUGAAUGAUCUGCCCUUGAAUUCUGGCUAUUGACAACAGUUUGAUGAAGUUAUUUUUGUGUCAUUAAGUAAAAAAAAAAAGACAUGUCUUGUUUUAUUAUUUCCAUCACAUACUUGUUAUAACUACUGUGAUAACUGUGACUGUGUCGCAAAAGUUUCAUCAUUAAAAAACUUGUUAUCGUUCUCAUGACAAACAUAAGAAGCAGAAGCAAAUCAUCAGCUUGGUCUUGGCUCUUUACUGAAGGGACUACAGGAAACCUGACAGUACCAAUGUGCUGUUUCUUGCACUCAUUUACCCCAUCCCUAGA